AUGAAGGCUGCUGACCACAUGAAGGCUGCUAACCACAUGAAGGAUGCUAACCAUAUGCAGACUGCUAACCACAGGAAGGCUGCCACCCCCCUGCGCAAGCUGGACGAUAUGCUCAAGUGCGACCCCUCGAAGAAACACAGGAGAAAAAACAAAGCGCGCGAGCAGCAUGUGGAGAAGGAAGUCAACAAGAAGUACCUGAACAGAACAAAGCAGAUUGGCCGGAAAUACAUCGAGCAGGUGAUGAACGAAUGUGAUGUAGACGACAUUACAGAAGACUGGGAGAGCUUGCUCAGAGGAGGAAUGCCAAAUGAUAUGAAAGGAUCUCCCAUUAUGAGGAACGAAAAAAAAGAUAUCGAAUUCACCCCUGUGUGUAACGCAGAAAUAGAUCCUGUGGCAUGCAAAGUGAAGGGAGAAAAUUUGUACCAAGGAACAGCGGGCGUAUUGAACGAAGUGGUAAUAGAGACGGUUAGCAAAACAGGGGAAUGUAUUUACGUGGAGAAUUACAAAUUUGAAGCGUAUGUGAAGGAAAGGGAAAAAGUGGACCAAUUGAAUUACCAAAAGGACCAUACAGAAGAGGACAACCGAUAUGACUUGUACAUACGAAACUCUUUGUAUAAUAAAUUCCAAAGAGAAAAACAUCAGACGUUAAUUAGUUCGGAUCAUAAUAGGUAUAAUAUUAAUGCUAACUUUGCAAAUUACAAAUAUGUGGGGUGUGAAGAGAGGGAAAUGUCCCUUUUGGGAGGCACAAAAAGGGAUGGGCCUCGUAUGGUUGGUGUUACUGAGGGGAAGAAGGUGCAAAGUGGCUCUCCUCGUCGUUCCCCUGCUAGACGUAGCGGUAGGGAUAAAAGGGGGGCAAACACUUUCAUCAUAGAAGGACCCUCUCCUCAUGUAAACAACAACAUGGAGAAUCAAACAAUGAGAGAAGGAUAUUUAUUCGAUUCCGAGAUGUACGAUUGUGAAAACGUAAAACUGACACAAAAUAGUUUCAAGUGCAACGUUAGUGAUUUAAAAAAUGGGACCUACAUUGUGACGUAUAACUUGGGAAGGUGCGGCUACUACUACUUGUCUAUAUUUUGCAAAAAAAAGACCGUUGGGAAUUCGCCCUACCUCAUUUGCAUAAAGCCGAACGUGGCUUACGCCCCCAACUGUGUGGUGUACAAAAGGGUGAGCGGUAGGAUGGUCUUCCCGGCGAUCAAAAGGGGGGCAGGAAAAAGAGAGCGGAAAUUACCCACGCGUGAAAGGUUCAACCGCAUCUAUAACGAUUCCCUACGCGCAAACUCGUUUGACUUAGCCCACUCCCAUGUUUGCGAAUCGGGCGCGGGCAGUAGUAGUGACAGCGGCAGCGGCAGCGAGCGACAGCGCCACGGGGGGGGAGAAGAAGAGGAAGAGGGAGAAGAGGAAGAAGGAGAAGACGAAGAGGGAGACGACGAAGAGGGAGACGACGAAGAGGGAGACGACGAAGAGGGAGACGAAGACAACCCCUCCAUGCACAUCUUGAAAUGCGACGACGAGAAGCACAAGCAGUAUGAUAACUUCUUCAUCCAGAGUUACGACGCCUACAGGAAUGCCAUCCCCGAAGGAGGCGACUCGUUUGAGGCGCACGCCCUGGGAGGGGUUAAAAUCGUUAGGGUGAACGACCUACACAAUGGCUCGUAUGAAGUUAUAUACUCCUACAUAAGGUCAAACAGUGCAGCAGAUGAAGAGGAAGAAGGCCCCAUCCCAUACAGACAAAUAAACGUGACACUAAAUGGAUUGCACGUGAAGGGCUCUCCCUUUAAAAUUGUUCACAAAAAUGACAAACAAAUUGGCUACUUACAAAGAAUAAAAUACCUACUGCCCAUAGAUGAAGUGAACCCGGUAGACCCUCUACACAGUCUGCACAGUAUAAUGCAGUCCUACCGAUACGUGAAGGAAAACUACCUCGAUGAGAAGCAAGAAAAAUAUUUUAUACAACUGAAUCCGUACUACGAGAAGGAAGAACUGAACAAAUUACUUCGCAAGGUAGACCCCAAUAUGGUGUCCCUCAUGUCAAUACCCUUACGCCAACAACUACUUAAUCACGUGAUGCAUUUAAAUAACGAUAGCAAAAUGGUUAAGUUGAAACAGGUCCUUUUGAAAGAACUUUUCGUGACCCUGGGGAAGAUGGUGAAUUGCGCAAAUAGCUACUUUGAUGAGGUGGCAAAGGACAAGGUGAGCCUUUUGCAGGACAGACGGACACAGGAUGUGAGCAUCCGAGAAGCUAAUCUGAUGUAUGAAUCUUUGAAGGAGAAGAAUAUCCACUCGUUGCCUUUCGAUUUUGCCAUUAAGGAUAUGAAACUGUACGAAGAGAAAUUGGUUCUUAAGAAGAGGGAGCUACUAGAGAAGCAGACUAAGCUGAUAAACAGAUACAACUCCAUUAGAUGUAAGGAGAAGAAAUUUUACGAGGACAGGGAGGAUAUCACAACCCAGCUGACCCAGAAGUAUGAGCUGCACCAAGCCAUAUACGACAAUUCGCAGAGGGCUCUGAUUCACACCAACAGCGCCUUGAAGAAAAUUACCAUUGCCAAUAUUAAGCGAAACUGCUCCGUGGAACGCGGUGUGCUCGGAGGCAAGGUGGGUCCUGACGCGACCGCGGCGGGUUUGAAGCGGCUAUU